AUGCUUUUGCCCUCUAAGAAGGACUUCAAGACCUUCCUGGAGGUCUUCACUAUUUUUCAAUGGGUCCUCAGUAUCUUCUCUAUUGCAGCUCUAGUGAUCAUCGUCAACCUCUACCUGGUGGUGUUCACAUCAUACUUGCCUGUCACUGUGCUCCUUCUCAACUGGCUGGCUUUUGACUGGAAGACCCCUGAGCAAGGCGGUCGUCGGCUUCCCUGUAUGAGGCGGUGGUGCCUGUGCAAACAGCUCAGCGACUACUUCCCUAUCAAGCUUUUGAAGACUCAUGACAUCUCUCCCAACCACAACUACAUCCUUGUCUGCCACCCUCAUGGGCUCAUGUCCCAUGGAUGCUUUAGCAACUUUUCCACAGAGUCCACAGGAUUUGCCAAGCUCUUUCCUGGCAUUACCCCUUAUGUGCUCACACUGGGAGCCUUUUUCUGGGUGCCUUUGCUGAGAGACUAUAUUCUGUCUGUAGGCAUCUGCUCCGUGAGCAAUUCCUCCAUCGACUUCCUGCUCACCCGCAGAGGCACAGGCAACAUGCUGGUGGUGGUGGCUGGUGGCCUUCAUGAGUGCAAGUACAGCCUCCCAGAGUCCACCACCCUGUUCUUGAAGAACCGGAAAGGCUUUAUACGGAAGGCCCUUCAGCAUGGGAUGUCUCUGAUCCCCACCUAUUCCUUUGGGGAGACAGACCUCUAUGAUCAGCACAUUUUCACUCCUGGGAGCUUCAACUGGUUCCAGAAGUGGUUCCAGAGUUGGACACACGUCUACCCUUGUGCUUUCUAUGGGCAUGGCUUCACUGAGAACUCCUGGGGCUUUCUGCCCUAUGCAAAGCCCGUCACCACCGUUGUCGGGAAGCCGCUAUCAAUGCCCAAGAUUGAGAACCCAAGCCAGGAGAUAGUGGCUAAAUACCACGCAGUGUAUAUUGAUGCCUUAUGCAAACUGUUCGACCAACAUAAGACCAAGUUUGGCAUCCCAGAGACCAAGGAACUUGUGAUACGUUGAAAGACAUCACUAGCCUCUCCGUCUGGCUGGAAAUUGUGGAACCAGUGAAACAAAAGUCACCUAUGGGGGCAUCCUGCUCUUGAUUUGGUCAAUCAUCAGUGUGGGGAGGGACUGUCCAUUUGGUUGUUUUCUGGACCCCACUUCCCUUUCAUCUCUCUCCUCCCAGCUCUUCUCUGCUUCUUCCCUGGGGUUAUGA